AUGCUGUGUCUUGAUGGUGGCGGUAUUAAAGGCCUGGUGCUGAUCCAGAUGCUGAUCGCUCUGGAGAAAGAGGCGGGCAGACCCACCAGAGAGCUCUUCGACUGGGUAGCUGGCACGAGCACGGGAGGCAUCCUGGCUCUGGCUAUAAUCCACGGUAAAUCCAUGGAGUACCUGCGCUGCCUGUACUUUAGGAUGAAGGAGCAGGUGUUCAAAGGAUCAAGACCCUAUGAAUCAGCACCGCUAGAGGACUUCCUCAAAACAGAGUUUGGAGAAAACACCAAGAUGACUGACAUAAAGUUCCCCAGGGUAAUGGUGACCAGUGUUCUGGCAGACAGACAUCCAGGCGAGCUUCAUAUAUUCAGGAACUAUGACCCUCCAUCCGUCUCCAGAGAGGCCCCAUACACCACCACUGCCACAUUCAAGCCUCUCACCAUCCCACAAGAACAACUUGUACGGCGAGCUGCUCGCUCCAGCGGCGCUGCUCCCACCUACUUCCGAACAAUGGGGCGCUUUCUGGAUGGAGGGCUGCUGGCCAAUAACCCGACACUAGAUGCCAUGACAGAAGUCCAUCAGUACAAUAAGGCCUUAAAAGCAGAGGGCCGUGAGAAGGACACAAAGAAGCUGGGUAUAGUGGUCUCUCUUGGAACAGGUAAACCUCCUCAGGUGGUGGUGAGCUCUGUGGAUGUGUUCCGACCCUCCAACCCACUGGAGCUGGCCAAGACCUUUGUAGGAGCAAAAGAGCUGGGCAAAAUGCUGGUGGACUGUUGUACAGACUCUGAUGGCUGUGCAGUGGACAGGGCCAGAGCGUGGUGUGAAAUGAUCGACACCAUUUACCACAGAUUGAGUCCCCAACUAUCUCAGGAGGUGAUGCUGGAUGAGGUGAGCGACGCAGCCCUGGUGGACUGCUGUGGGAGACCCAGAUGUAUCUGUAUGAGAAGAGGGAGGUCCUCCAGUCUCUGGCAGAAUUACUACUGAACAACUAAAAGCACAAGAAAAUCACAAAUGGAGGCUGUGAAGAGUGUUUGAAUGGAGCAGUGAGAUUACUGAGCUGUAUGUCUGACUAAAAACUGUAAUGUGUGUGUUGUUGUGCUCUGUUACCAAACUGAAUGAAUCAGUUUGAGUAUGAGUACAAAAGUAUUAAAUAUGUGGAAAGCUAACCCAGGAAACAACUGACCUACUAAAGCCUGUUUACAGGUGUUUUUGUAGCAUCAUGUGACCUUAGCACUGAUCCUGUUGUGGUUUAUCAGGUUUACUUCUAACAUAUGAACCAAUGAAGAAGUUGAAGUUGUACUGGGGAAAUGUAAACUGACUGUUACAGUGUCAUGUAAGUUUCCACUCCCCCUACACUGUGGGUUAAUCUACCUCUGGAUUUGUUGAGGUAAGUCUGGAGUGUUUCCUUCCCUUUUUUCUUCACUUGUUCGUCACAUUCACUUCAGACACACACUUACAAAUACACCCGAGUCAUUGAAUUUUUCCCUUAAGCUGUGUGAUAAAAGGGACCCUGAGUUGCCACCAGAGCAUCAGCAGUAUUCUGAGGUGCAGCUGAGAUGGUGGUGAUGUUGAACCAGUUCUGCCUUAUGUGUGGGACCCACAUUUGUACCUUUUCUUCCUUCCGUAGUAAUCUAAUGCCUUUCUGAGUUAUUUAAACUGACUUGAAACGUAAUAUUUAGCCUCAUGUCUGUUGAUAAAAUAUGAUAUUAAUAUGAAAUCUUAAAACUGACAUGAAAGAUAUAUUUGAAUGAAUCAUCUACAUGAAAGAUAAAGGAACAGAAGCCCUGCUGCUAUCUGCACAACACGGACAGGAGGAACAAAUUAUUUUGUAUUUGUAUUUUUUUGUAUUUGACUUAAUCCUGAAGUAUAAAUGGUAUGGGAAUAAAAUAUCUGAAUAUUGACCGAA